CGCGAGUGUUGACACUCAUGACGUCACGACCGGGGGGGGUCACGUGCGUGCCACGCGGAACAGGGGAGAUGGCGGCGAUGACGGCGGCCCCGGCCCAGAGCGGUGGAGUGCGGCUCCUGAGCGAUGACUCGUACCGCGACUUCGCCAACGAGGAGUUUGACGUGCGGGGCUACACGACCCGCGCGCUUCAGGGAGCCGACACCGCCUCGCAGCUCGCACGACUCGCCCAGGGGGUGGCGCUGCUCGACGCCGAGUUGCGAGCACAGGUGUCCGAUAGGCAUGAGGACCUCCUGGCUCAAGCCACUGGAAUUGAGUCCCUGGAGGGAGUGUUGCAGAUGAUGCAGGCCCGGAUAUCUGCUCUGCAGUCUGCAGUGGACAGGAUACGUGUGAAGAUUGUUGAACCAUACAACAAGAUCGUGGCACGUACCGCACAGCUGGCCCGGCUGCAGGCCGCAUGUGACCUGCUGCGCCGGAUCAUCCGCAUCCUCUACUUGAGCAAGCGGUUGCAGGCGCAGUUGCAGGGCGGCUCCCGCGAGAUCAGCAAGGCCGCACAGUCCCUCAACGAGCUUGACUACCUGUGCCAGGGUGUGGACCUGUCAGGGGUGGAGGUGAUCGCGGGCGACCUGGUGUUCAUCGCGAGGGCGCGCGGGGAGGUGGAGGCCCAGGGCUCCAGGCUGCUGCAACAGGGCAUGGAGACCCAGAACCCCACACAGGUGGGCACGGCGCUGCAGGUGUUCCACAACCUGGGCGGCCUGGCCACCACGGUGGGGCGCGUACUGGAGUCGGCACGCGCCACGCUGCACGAGCAGACGCGCCGAGCGCUCGACGCUCGCGCCCUCAGCCAGGCCGUGGGGGGCUCACGUGGUUCGACUCCGGGCCGUACCUCCAUGGUCGCCCCCGGCAACUCCGCCGCGUUCCGAGCAGCCCUGUGGACCAAUGUGGAGCGGCUCAUGGACCACGUGUUCUCAGCCUGCACCCAGGUGCAGCACCUGGAGAAGGUUUUGGCAAAAAAACGAGACCCAAUCACCCACGUGUGCUUCCUGGAAGAGCUGGCAAAGGAGGGCCAGGCUGACAUCCUGGCCUCUUUCUGGGCAUCAGUGACGCAAACGCUCAGCACCGAACUCCAGAAGGCAGCCAGUGACUCGGGCCCUGUGCGCCAGGCUUUGGAGGGCGAGUACCCCAAACUGCUGCGCCACUGCAGCGAGCUGUGGCGCCGGCUGCAGACCCCCCCCGGGGCCCCCCAUUAUGCGCGGCCCCCCCAGGCUUCUGGUCGGCCCGGCGACGGCGCCGCCACGGAGGGGGACGACACGACGGACGGCGCGGAACGUGCCGCCACGAGCGCUCACGACCCCGAGCAGCACCUGCGCACAUGCGUGCGUCCGUUCGAGGCCACGUACCUCGAAAAGUCGCUCUCACGCCUCUUCGACCCGGUCAACCUCGGCUUCCCGCCAGGGGCGCGGGGCCCCCCCUCCCUCGACGAGGUGGACUCCCUCGUCCGCAUCAUCUCCAGUGAGCUGGGUGUGACAUCGGUGGACGGAGAUCUGAGCUCUGCUGUGGCCAGAAAUGUAGCCAAGACGCUGCAGCUGUUUGCUGCCAAAUCCGAACAGUUGCUGUGCACGCAGGGCGAGGGCAGUCAGGUGAUCGGGCCCAUGACAGACGGGCAGAGACGCAACGUGGCCCUCGUCAACGCCCUUCACCACCUGCACACCUCCACCAUCAAGGUGCUGUCUUGUAUUAAUGCCCUGCCCCCAGCUGCCAUGGAGGCCAUUCAGGAAAGCCUGCAGGUGGUUGAGCAGCUGAUGGAGAGCACCUUGCGCCCUCAGCUGCAGUCAUUCCAGGACGCUGUGGAGGCCAUUCUGCUCACGAUGCACCAAGAGGACUUCUCAGGGUCUGGUGGCCCCGGCCCCGGCCCCGGGUCCGGUGCCCCCGAUGCGGCGCCGUGCUCGCUCUAUAUGCGCGAGCUCCAGGGCUUCGUGAGCCGCGCCGUCUCCGACUACUUCGGCCCCUGGGCGUGCGCCGCGCUGACGACCCGUGCCCUGGAGUCGGCGGCGGCACGCGCUGUGCGUUUGUUCGUGCGCCACGCCAGUUUGGUGCGGCCGCUCGGCGAAGCCGGCAAGAUGCGGCUGGCGGCCGACUGCGCCCAGAUGGAGCUGGCGGUAGCUCCGUUGUGCCGACGAGUGUCAGACCUGGGAAAGCCGUACCGCCUGCUCCGCUCAUUCAGGCCACUGCUGUUCCAGACAAGCGAGCACGUGGCGGCCAGCCCUGCGCUGGGGGAGCUGGUGCCGCACAGCACCGCGCUGCACCUGCUCUUCUCUCGCGCGCCGCCCGACAUGCCCUCUCCUCACCAGAGGGUGGACUGGUCCGUGGCUCGGUACUCCCAGUGGAUGGACGACCACCCAAGCCAAAGGGACCGACUCACCUUCAUCAGGGGGGCCUUGGAGGCAUACGUACAGGGCGUGCGUGCCAAGGAUGGGAGGGAGUUUGCUCCCGUCUACCCAGCCAUGCUGCAGCUGCUGCAGAACGGCCUCGCUGCUGCCACCUAAGGGGGGCAACCAGGGGAUACCGGGGAAAAUACCGGGAACACGAUAGGACGGGGAGACAUUGAACGCUGGGGAUCAACGGUGUGGUGCGUGAUUACAUGGGGUAGUGUUGGGGCAUGCCCGGUAAUACCGGGACACACUAGCACAGGGACGACGAGUUCACAUGGAUGCACGCGGAGACACGGGUGGAGACACGGGUGAUGCACACAGGAGGACAGAGAGACACGCACAUGGGAGGAAGAGACUGGGGUCACGCGUGGGGAGACGAUGGGAUGUGUGGACACACAGCGUUGUACACAGAACCUCAAGGUGGAAACAUUCAGCUAUGCCACUUGAGAAAAUAAAUGUGUACCAUGCCGGCCUUAAUGGUUGCUCGCUAACGGCUCUUUGAAGGGUUGACCGUGGAGCGAUUGUUUGCGUGAAUAUUAGGUUGUGUCAGUUGGGCAUUGCUGGUGCAGUGGCCAUCUGCAUUGAACCCAGAGGUCAGAGUUCAAUUCCGAAGUCAUGGAUAUCUGAACCUGUCAUCUAAUGAACACCGAGUACAAUGCGUAAGCAUCAGCACUGGGGAGACAGUCACCCGCUGUGUGCGUGUCGUUGACUGCACCCGUGCCUUUGGCAAUUGUGCUGUACUUAAUAGGUGAUCGCUAACGCUGCAUGCAUCGAUAGUCUGUAAAGGCUGCACUGGGGAUGUUUGUUUAUGUGUGUGAUGACGGAGGCUCAGCAAUACAAAUCAUCACAUUACAGUGAAUGCUGUCCACCAUAAACAAAAUACAAAGACAAACAUCAAAACAAACUGAAAUUGUGCACCACGGUGUGCGCCUCUAUGUUGUGCAGCAGCAGCUUGUGAUCUAUUUGUCCACUUUCAUGACGGGAUUCUUGCUCCGAUUGCUAUUUGCUUUGUUGCUGCAACUUGUGUUUGGUUUUGCAUUUUAGUGACCCAGGUCACUCUUAAAGAAAUGAGACUCUG